CCGGCAUUUCGGCCUCGAAGAUGAACAAAGCUUUCUAUUAUUCACAUGUAAAGAUUACUAUCUCAAAACACCGGCCAUUUUAGUUAGAAGCUAACCAUUUCCAUUGAACUCGGCAACGCACACUUACAAUGGUACCAAAAGGCCUUUUUCCCAAGCCAUUUACGUCUGAAAACUUUUCUCCAUAUGGAACGGUAGUUCAGCCAAAAGAUAAUGGCCCUAUGGUAGUAGCGAACGGCGGUACAGCCACGAAAUAUCUUGGGGUAUCUGAAUCCGUAAAUAACUAUAGUAAAUCUUCCACUCCUUCCUUUAAAGCAACUUGGAAUUUCUUUUCCACCAAACCGUCUGUUGUUCCUGCCGAUGAAGAUUCACCAGCCUUUCAAAUAAAAGUUUUAGAAAGGCACCCUUAUACAACGCAGACGUUUAUUCCCCUUUGCAGAGACGCUGAGGAGGACAGCUACCUAGUUGCUGUCGCUCCAGAUGCUCCUGAUGGGUUGCCUGAUUGGGAUCACGUUGAAAUCUUUGUUGCUAAAGGCUAUCAAGGUGUCACUUAUGCCGCUGGGGUUUGGCAUGCUCCUAUGGUCACUAUUGGAAAGGAAACUAUGUUAGCUGCUUUUAACUAUGAAAACGGAGUAGGUGAUGAUGACUGUCAAGUUCAAUCAGCUCCUUUUCCUUUGAAUGCAUACGUGAAGCGCAAUUAAGCAGAUUUGCCUUUUUUAUAUACACCCUUACCAAGGAAGCUACUAUUCAACUUGGGAGUUCUCUUCAUUCCAUAGCUUAACGGAGAAAGGACAUAAUUCUGCUAAAAGGCAGCCACCUUUUUGUCAACGCUUUUCUGGCUACUAGUAGUUUUAUGCUGUAUUCUGCUGGAGACUGUACGACUGCUUACAUACGAACAUCUUCAAUUCAAGUUCUGUUAUACACGCAGAAAUAAGAGCGAAACCUUGAUAUUCAAAUGUAUUCACAAGUUCGGAUGAGAUAGCAACAUUUCUUCAAAAUCCGAUACGAAUGAAUGAGGCCUGACAAUCAUUCAUAGGUAUCGACGCUACAAUCCCAAAAAAAGCAACGUCCAGAAGGUUUGGCAGCUCUCAUAGAAGAAUCCUCUUUUGAAUUAUCAGAGUAGUAAUGAAUUAUAGAAAAUAAAGCGACUAUUUUGACGAUAGCAUCUUGCUUCAACCGUAUGUAUCCAUGACCAUGAAGUCAUUUGAAGAAAAUUAGAAAUAAAAUGAUUAC